AUGGCGCCCGCAGGCACGCACACCAAUCCCCACACUCCGCGCGUGCGCAAUGGCGAGCCCCAGCCCGCCCCCGUCGCAACGCCAGAACCCGCCUCGUCGCGUCGAGAUUUGACCUCGUGGUGGAGGCAGUUUAGCAAGCGCCCUGCGAAAAAGGACGACGACAAAGAACCCGCCCUUCCUGGCAUCUUUGGAGUGCCCCUCAUACAAAGCAUCCCCUAUGCGAAUGUCGCCAUAUCGCUCUUCAACGAGCACGGUGAGAGCUACAUCUACGGCUACGUUCCAAUCGUCGUCGCCAAGUGCGGUGUCUUUCUCAAGGAAAAGGCGACCGACGUAGAAGGCAUCUUCCGCUUAGCGGGCUCCGAGAAGCGCAUCAAAGAGCUGAGGACUGCUUUUGACACCCCUCCCCGCUAUGGAAAAGGUCUAGAUUGGUCCGGGUAUACUGUACACGACGCAGCCAACAUUCUGCGACGCUAUUUCAACAACCUCCCGGAGCCCAUCAUACCACUGCAGCAUUAUGACCCGUUCCGGGAUCCUCUCAAAGGCCACCAGGCCGAGGCUGUAGGCCCCAGCGAAGGCCAGCAACCUUCGGUGGGAGGUUUCGAUCCAGACGCCGCUGUGCGCACCUAUCAGCAUGAGAUCAAGGCUCUGCCGUCUCUGAACCGACAACUUCUGCUCUACAUCUUGGACUUGCUUGCAGUCUUCGCCGCCAAGGCUGACGUUAACAAGAUGACAACCUCAAACCUGGCUGCCAUCUUCCAGCCUGGACUCCUCUCGCAUCCACAGCACGACAUGUCUCCCGUAGAUUAUAGGCUAAGCCAGGACGUGCUCAUCUUCCUCAUCGACAACCAGGACCACUUCUUGAUUGGUAUGGAAGGCACAGCAGUCGAUGAAGGUACUGUCAAGCACAUUGAAAGCGGUCCUUCCACUCCACAAGCAAGAACACCCACUACUCCUCGAAACAGCACUGGUAUUGGGCGGUCUGCGUCGACUACUUCGAGCGCUGGCGCGGAGAGUCUUCGCCAAUAUGGCGGUGUCCGCAGGAAUGUCUCCACAUCUUCGAAGCGUUCACGACGCUCAGGCGCUGUGCCCAGUCCCAUCACACCUGCGUUCGUCACUCCGACGACAUCUGGAGUACAUCGCAGCAAUACGCUGCCCUCGAAGCGGUCCCCAGCGCUUGGAAGCCCUCGCUUCCCUGCGGCCAAGCAACUUGGUCCUGAAGACACCAAGAGUCCACUUUCAUCACCAAUGCCUGCAGAUAUACCAGAGACUGUCAGCCCAACUGCUCAGGCUCCUGCCCCUGAGCAGCCGACACAAGUAACGGAAGCUCCGCGGGAACGCCCGCAGUCUUUGGUAACUGCUCCAGCCACACAGCCUGUAGAUCCUGAGGUGGCACAGCCACAACGGGCGCAGACCAUGCCGCCAAACAAGAUAGAGAUGCCCACUCCCUACCAGCCCUAUCGUCCGCCGGAAACAGCUAUGCAACCCACAGAACCUUUACAGCAUAGACCCGCAGUUACGCCUGCCACCCACAAUAUGCCGGGCGGAUUUCCUCUCCCAUCUCCAGGUAUCAUCCCUCCAAGCCAGCCUACCACUCCGAAUGUCCCCACGCAGACAACGGCACAGAACCUGUUGCCUCCAAGAUCAACUACGCCGGGUCCACGCAGUCCUCAGCGCAGUCCUCUCCACAGUCCCCAUCAUACGCCAACACGUGAGCGUUCAGAGUUCAUGGAAGCACCCAUUGACUCGGGUCCCGCUGUUGAACUAACACCUGCCGUUCGUACCUUUACCCAAAUACUAGCCAAGGUCGCAGCCUCUCCUCCAAAUGAGUCAAAGGAAUCCAAAGACGGGAAGAAGCCAAACAAACUACAGAAGAAGAGGAUGCCAAAUAGCGUUAGCAUGAGUGCACAUAGCUCCACGCACUCUCUUGGUGGCAGCGAUUCAGGAUUUGGUGGUCAUUUCUCUCAAGGGCCUCCUUCGCCAUUACAACCACCCUCGCUUCCCUUCGCGCAAGGCCAAUCCCAAGCGGGUAGUUCCAGGGACAAUUUGCCGGACUCCUCGCGAGCUUCUGGAAAUACACUCAAGCCCAGCAUGUCGCCCUCUGCCAGUUUCCGGUCCCACAGCACGGCAACAGAAUACUCAGAGAGUGAGCAGCCGGAUGAUCAGCCAAAAGAGGAAAAACGCAGCUUCUGGAAAGGUCAUAGGCGUGGAGAAAGCAAGGCAACGCCAACCACAAGCACCACUGAUCUGCAUGGUUCCGUGCCUGGUGCUGACAAGAGUAUGAGCUCUUUUGCCAGCAGUUCUGGAUGGACGACAGCAGGAGGUGGAGGAAGGAGGAGCAUGCAGUACGACACGAACCAAAGUUCCGACUCUAUACUCUUCGGCAGCAGCCCCCCUGAUCACGAAAAGUCAGAUAAGAAGGGUGCGUUUGACUGGUUCCAUAAACGGAGGCAGGAUCACAAGGAGCGCGUGGACAGGCGCGAACGUGCCAAGAGCCCCCCGGGUAGCUCAAGCCAUUUGCCUCCUUCACAGAACAUUAUGCAGAGUCCAGAGUCGCUUAUCGCGAGGGGGCGGACGUCAGAAGUACCAAGGUCACACUCGACGAUGGAGGACACGCCGUCUAAAACGGAUAAAUCGAGCGACGUUACGCCUACCGGGACGAGCCCGACCCCACCACAGCCGCCGAAUGUGCAAGCGCCAGCAGCGAGUGCGAGUCCGAAACCUGCCAGAAUGAGCCCGGCGAUGGCGUUACGAACGGAUCUUCCAGCUGCAUUGACUGAACCGCGAUCUGUUGCAAGGUCUCCUGAUAGGAAUCCCAAGUCACCCAUCACUGCCAUGGCUCCUGCACAAUCAUUGCCUGUUGCAGCACCCGUCGCAGCCCAGAGUGCCGCAGGUAGUGAACAGGUCGAAGCUGAGGCGCCAAGUACUACGCAGCCCGAAAACUCAACGGCUACGGAAGUACCUACUGGGCAAACGGUAUCAACGCCGAGUGGGCCGAUGCAUUCUUCUUCGGGCUCGACUGUCACUGUUACGCCUCAGACGGUGAACCAAGAAAUUAUCUCUGAUGCGCUGGCGGCGCAGGAACAGGAGACAGAGCCGGUUGUGCCAAGAGGGCAACCGGCUCCGUAG